UUAAAAUUGUCAUGUGUCAUGUACAUCAAUGAUUUUAAUAAAAAUAAUAUUUGCGGUGCAAACAAACACAUUGCUCUAAACUAAAAUAUAAAUUACAGUUUGCUACAUUCAGAAUAAGCGUGAAGUACAAGAAAAUGGCUCCGUCUAACUUAGUGGAACUACGUCCAAAUCGCCGAUUAUUGGAUCACGAAUUCGAAGGAUACAAGUUAAAUCUCAAUGCUCUGCCCCAACACAGUUUAGAACUCAACACACCAGUAGAUAGGCUAUAUCCCGAUGAAGUUCAAUACUCCUUCGUCCACGCUAAACUCUUUGCGCUUCAUAAUCACCUUAUAAUUGAUCACUGGGACCACGCGUUCAAUUACUAUUAUAUAGAUAAUAAUCAGCAAGUUCGAAACAUCACGUUUGAGAAUAUUAACAGUACAUUCCAACAAGCCGUUGUCUACGAUGUUCCAGCGCACGUUGAGAGGAAAUCGGGCCAUUUCAACUUGUGCUUAUUAUUUCCUUCUUGUACACUGGCUGUUAUAAGUGAUGGUACAGGCUAUUUACAUAUUGUGGAUACAGGGUUACGGAACAAACCGGCAACGGAGAAGCAAACUUGGAACACAUCACAUUCCAGUUUGGCUCUUGGAGAUGGAAAAUAUUUUGUAGUUGUUGAUUCAAGAGUACAAAGUAAAGAUAAUAAAGAGGUGCUGCACUGUCUACUCCAGUCUAUAGAGCAGAACGAUAAACAUUUUAACUCAGUUUUAACAUGGAUUACAUAUGAAAAUGAUGGUCAGGGGUGGGUGCAGGCUGCAUUGAAACAGGUCCAAGGUAAAGGCAUUGUGCAUUAUGCAGCAAUUGAAGGAAGCUGUUCAGCAUUAUAUAUAGCUUCAGAUAAUUUAUUUAAAUUCACAUUGGAUUCAGAGAAUGAUAUAUCUGAGCCCAAGAAGGAGCAACCUCGGCAGAUUAUUUACACAUGGCUUCAAACUGCAGAUGACAUAACAAUAACUUUACAGUUAGAAAACAAUUUUGAUAAGAAACUGUUACAUGUGAAUGUAUCUCCUCUGAAUAUAAAGAUAAGUUAUGCUGGUAAAGAUUUUGUGUGCGGAAAGAUGAAAAAUAAAGUUGACAGUGAGUUGACUACAUGGAAUGUGGGAGAGAGUGGACAAGUUGAUGUUUUGAUAACUAAAUCUGAAAGUAUGAUGUGGGAUGAGCUGAUCGAGGGUGGGGAUAAGACUGGUGAGCAUAUAUUGGACCCGAGUCUGGUGGAGGAAGUACAUAGACGGUUAAUGCACUUAUGUGCAGAGACUGAAGUAACAGCAGAUCAAUCUGUGCCAGGUCUUUCUACACAGGAGCUGGAGGAAUGUGACGCUGCAUCUGAAGAAGAUACUGUAUUAGUUCGGUUGGAUGCUAUAAAUCAUGAGAUAACUCACCGAGUUCCCCUCAGUGUACACCAGUUUUUAUUCAAUCUCAAACUGGAAACACAAGAAGUACCAGCACUCUGCUUAAGACAUGAUGUUGAUGCAUGUAUUUGGCAGCCAUAUUCUCAACUUAUAAACGCUGACACUUGGCCCAUUAAGCAUCAAGGCACCCUUAUGGCAUUUGGUUACGUCCAAUCAUCGAAGCAGAACAGAAAAUUUGUAACAUGUCCACCUAAUUUUGCCUACAGUGUAGUAUGUGAGGCUUUAAGGCAUGUGUUUAUUUAUAAAAGUACGAAUAACUCGGACUGUCAAUUAAGAAAACGAACGGGUGGGUCAAUGAAGAAUGUCAAAGUUGGCCAACAAUAUGUAUUAAAUGUUGAAAAAAAUGGUGAAGUCCUGGGUAUAAAUGCGACUAACGAAUAUUUGUUUAUUCUCACAGAGAAAAAGUUACUUGUUAUUGAAAUGUUAUAAAUAAAAUGUUAUUUA